AUGAUCCCAGCCGCAGAAUCUCUACGGCCGCUACCGCUUAAAACGCAGCAGGGAAACGGGGAGAGCGUUCGGACGGUGGUGGAGGAGAACGCGGUGAUUGUGAUUGGACGGAGAGGAUGUUGCAUGUGCCACGUUGUGAAGAGGCUGCUUCUUGGACUUGGAGUAAAUCCAGCGGUUCUUGAGAUCGAUGAGGAGAAGGAAGAGGAAGUUCUGAGUGAGCUAGAGAAAAUUGGAGUUGAAGGCGGCAGAGAAACGGUGGAAUUACCGGCGGUUUAUGUGGGAGGGAGGUUGUUUGGAGGGUUAGAUAGGGUCAUGGCCACUCAUAUCUCCGGUGAGUUGGUUCCGAUUCUUAAGGAGGUUGGAGCUUUGUGGUUGUGA